AUGAAAGCAGAUAGCACUUUGAACCAGAAUCAAGAGCAGUUAUAUGGCACAUUUCAUAAAACUGGUCCUGAUAUAUCAGUUGACAACAGCAGCGACAUCCAAAAUCCCGAUACCUCAACUAUCUCUACGUGCAUGGAGUGGACAGAGGGAGCAGUGAAACCCCAGUUUCAAAAAUCGCUUUUUCUGUUUACUAGGAAAUAUAAGCCUAGUAUUGUAGUGAUUCUAGAACCUCGGUGUAGUGGUCAAAAAGCUUCUGACAUUAUCCGAAAAUCUGGGUUUAAGCAUGCUUUUGUUCAAGAGGCAGAAGGUUACUCAGGGGUUUAUGCGAGUCCUAGGGAAGAGAAUAGAAAGGAGCUAUGGGAUGAUCUGUUAAACAUUAGUCUCCAUUGUAAUGGGCCGUGGUUGGUGGCUGGGGAUUUUAAUGAAAUAGCAAAUCGUGAUGAGAAGGAAGGUGGCUGUAGAGUUAACUUAAACAGAUGUUCCAAUUUUGCAAAUGUUCUUCAUAAUUGCAAGCUGCUGGAUCUUGGAGGAUCGGGUCCUUGGUUUACAUGGAAGGGUCCGAAGUUUCUUCAUCUUGAUCGUGUUUUUAAGAGGCUGGAUCGAGCCUGUGCUAAUGCAAGUUGGAAGACUACCUUUACUGAUGCUGGCGUUAAGGUACUUCCACGGAUUUAUUCUGAUCAUAGUCCCAUUUUGGUCUACUUGACUAACUUGGACACAGGUUGGAAAAAUCGUCCCUUUCGCUUUGAGAUUGCUUGGAUGGAGCAUUAUAACUUUACUCAGUUUCUGGCUAGGAGCUGGAAUGUUGUGAAAGACACUAGAACGAAUCUGCAUGAUCUGACUCCAAAUUUAAAAAGAUGGAACAAGGUAGUCUUUGGCAACAUUUUCAACAGGAAGACUAACCUAUUGCAUAGUAUUGCAGAAAUUCAUAAUCAUGUUGAUUAUCAUACCAACUUAUCUCUCCAAUCUAGAGAAAAGGAGGUCAGGAAGGACCUUGAUGCGGUUCUCAUACAAUAG